AUGCCGCCUAAAUCGGACAGCGUCGAAGGAAUCGUCCUCAACUUCGUCAACGAGCAAAACAGGCCAUUGAAUUCUCAGAAUGUGGCUGAUGCACUACAGAAGUUUAGUCUUAAGAAGACUGCAGUGCAAAAAGGACUGGAUGCAUUGGCUGACAGUGGUCAAAUAUCCUUCAAGGAGUAUGGCAAGCAGAAAAUCUACCUUGCUCGGCAAGACCAGUUUGACAUUCCAAAUGGGGAGGAACUUGAGGAGAUGAAGAAAGCAAAUAGCAAGCUACAGGAAGAACUCGCAGAACAAAAGAAAAUUACUAGUGAGGUCGAAUCUGAGAUAAAAAGUCUACAGUCAAACUUGACACUGGAAGAGAUUAGGUCAAAGGAGGCCAGAUUACAAAGUGAGGUCCAGGAAAUGGAAGAAAAAUUAAAGAAAUUGCAGAGUGGUGUGAUCUUGGUGAAACCUGAAGACAAGAAGAUAAUUGAAGAGACCUUCUCUGAGAAAGCUAACCAGUGGAGAAAGCGAAAGAGGAUGUUCAAGGAGCUAUGGGAUAAUAUCACUGAGAAUAGCCCCAAAGACCAGAAGGAAUUUAAGGAAGAACUUGGUCUUGAGUAUGAUGAAGAUGUGGAUGUGAACUUCCAACCGUACAGUGAAAUGCUGGCGAGUCUCAACAAAAGGAGAAAAGUUUCUCGCUGA